UGUUUUUUAUCCGAUUUGUUGUUCACCCUACUUGGGAGAGGCAUCCCUCCUCUGCUGCCCUCCCCGGGGCUUCCUCCUAUUGUUCUCCCUGUUUUUUUUAGGGAGUUGUUCCUUAUCCGAUGCGAGGGCCUAAGGGUGUUGUGUUGCUUGAGACAAAUGUGUAAUUUAUCCUACUGGGCAUGAACAAAUAGCUGUGCCAUUUUACAAUCCUGGCACCCCCCCCCCUUCCCUUGCCAACGUGAACUGAGGGUCGCUAGUCUGAUUUAGCGAAACCCUGCUUGGACGCCGUAGUAAACGAUCGACAUCCAUGUGCUGAGCUACAACACGGACCUAUUUAAUACAAAUCAGGGGCAGCCUGAUCCAGAUAGUUUACAGUUGUGUGUGUUGAAAUGGACAGAUUUUUAGUGCGACUACCCAAAGGCGAAACGCCCAUGAAAGCAAGGAGUAAGGAGAAGGUUUAUAAGCAAACGACGAUCGAGUCCUUACGGAGGGUGGUCGUGAUUGAGGACGUGAUGCGCUACAAGGCCACUCUGGAGUUGCCUGAACAGCCCAAGGAAAACCUCCUGGAUGCCUUGACAGAGCUGAGCAAGAAGAUUCCAUCCAAGGAGGUGCUGAAGUCGACAAAAAUAGGUCACACUGUCAACAAAAUGCGAAAGCACCCAGACCCUGAGGUGAGCUCAUCGGCAGCACAGGUUUACACUCAAUGGAGGACAUUCAUCGAGGAGAAUUCAAACAAGCCUUCCAUUGAAGUACGCUCUGACAAGCAAUCUGAAGGACUCAGGAGCAACGCUAGAAGACUAAUGGCCGAUGCACUGGAAGUUAAGAUGGACUGUGGCCUCAUCGACAACAUCGAGAGAGAAGUGUUCCACCAGAGCUCCCGGCUGGUCAGUAGCGCAUACCGACGAACUGUGAGGGCACUCGUCUUUGCCUUCAAACACAAACCCGAGCUCAGAACUCAAGUGAAGGACAGCACAGUGACGGUUAACCAGCUGGUUUCCAAUUAUAAAAAAUGACUGCAGUUGGAUAACACUGGAUAUUGGGCAAUACAAAUAAAAUUGACUGGACUUGACUUGACUUGCCAUAGACUCCACUGUGCCAUGGUGAAAUUGACUUUUAGGAAAUUGAUUUUAUUUAAUUAGAUUUUGGUGUAUGCGUUUUUUUUGGGAUCUUUAUUAUUUUCUAGUUUGUUUGUUUUUUACUCUUCUUAUUUACAUGAUUAAGAAUAUUUUCUGCUUCUUGGUUCAUCGUGAGCUGUGAAAUAUUUUAUUGUUGCAUGGCGAUCAUUGCAAAAUUAGCGUGUAACUUACUGUCGGGGAGCAGGGGUGGUCAUGCUUUGCUCAUCCCAUGGUAACAAAGGUGAAAUAUACCUCAUUUUAUCAAACAAAGUCAACGUAG